UUCCAGAGGCAUCGCACAACUUCAUACUCAAUUGUGGUUCAAUCAAGUCGCAAAAAUGGCAAAAAGAAAGGACUUGAAGUUGAAGGUGGCGCUGAACCGACAAAAGGGCGCGAAUUACACCAAAGAUCACCAGAAAAAGUUGCGUCAAGAGGCCGAGAAGCUAAAGCGGGCCGCAGCGCAACAGCAGAAACCAGUUCAUGAUGAGGAUGAGGAUAUUGGAGACGAAGAUGACUCGGAUGGCGGUAUAAUGCUUGUCACUGAGGAGGAUGGUACAUCGCGUACCGUGGCCGUUCUGCCAGAUGAAGAGGAGGAUGAGGAGGGGUCGAGCGACGAAGAUGUGGCGUACGAUAUGAACGCGCUUGACGACGACAGUUCAAUAUAUACGUCCGAUGAAGGCGAGAAGGAGGAGAAAGAUCAAGACGAGCCAGAGUCCGACCAUUCAGAAGAUGAAGAAGACAUCCCCCUCUCCGACCUCGAAUCUCUUUCCGAUACCGAAAAAGGCGACCUUGUUCCUCACCAACGCCUCACUAUUAACAACCAUGCCGCCCUCACCUCCGCGCUCAACCGCAUCUCCCUGCCCUACGCCAAACUCCCCUUCUCCGCCCACCAAUCUAUCACCGCCGACACCACGACCUCGAACGCUAUCCCCGACCCGGAGGACGACCUCAACCGUGAACUCCAAUUCUACAACCAAGCUCAAUCCGCCGCCGAGCUCGCCCGCCAGAAGCUGAAGAAAGAAGGCGUCCCGUUCAGCCGCCCGAACGACUUCUUCGCCGAGAUGGUGAAGAGCGACGAGCACAUGGGACGAAUCAAGACACGGCUGGUGGAGGACGCCACGGCGAAGAAGGCCGCGUUGGAAGCGCGGAAGCUGCGGGACGCGAAGAAGUUCGGGAAGAAGGUCCAGGUGGAGAAGGAGCAGGAGCGGGCGAAGGAGCGGCGGGAGAUGAAGGGGAAGGUCGAGAGUUUGAAGAGAAAACGACAAGGCGCCCCCAUCGCCAAUGAGAAGGAGGAGGACAUGUUCGACAUCGCGCUCGAGAAAGAGGCGCCGCGGCGCCGGUCGGAUGGGCCGGGCAAGCGGGGCGGAGCGGACGCCAACCCGAAGCGGCAGAAGAAGGAUGAUAAGUACGGGUUUGGUGGGAAGAAGCGGUUCUCCAAGAGCGGGGACGCCACGUCGACGUCGGACAUGCGAGGGUUCAGCGCAAAGGGGAUGAAGAGCAACGAGUUUGGAGGGUCGUCGAAGGUGAAGAAGGCGCGGCCGGGGAAGAGUAAGCGGCAGAAGGGGAGGCCGUAGUGUGCGGUGAUGCAUAUGGCGGAUCGCAGGAUCUCUCCGGUCCGAUGCGAGGGUGGUUGCGUUCUCGGUUCUCUCAGCCAAGUUACAUAGGAACGCAGAUUUAGAUUUGCUUGAUAUUCAAACCUCCUGCCUACGGUUUCUUAUGGGGUGGGUUUACGGUACAUGAUGGUUCUGUCCAAGUCCAGCCGCUUUAGAAAAUCAGCCAACACAUGCUCCGGUGGAUACGCCAACAAGCCUUCAUCGUCUGUGAGGUUGUAACACCGGCUUUCAUUAGACAGAACAAUUAAAAGCAGAGGACAGCGCCUCUCGUCAAUUUGACACUGGCAAUGGAUCGGUGCGUGUUCAGGAGUGGUGGGGUGGUUUGGGAACGAGUCUCGUCGGUCGACAGUCCCGUGUCGACCUCAUAAGCAUUCUUCAUAA